CCUAAGGUGUUUUUGCCUUUUUCAGUUUUUCUUCGAUGAUGUCCAUUUUUUAUUGAUCUUGACUUUCGAGCACAUUUGUUAGAACGUUUAGUACCAUUUUAUUAACCAGUAAAAUGUUGUUGGGAUCCAAGUCAUGGAAGAAAAUCAUUAGCACAUCCAUUCUAUCUUGUUGAUGAAUACGCAAUCUUGAGUUUUAGAAUAUUCCGUCCUGACACGGUUCGACCAUCGAUGAUUCCAUCUCGAUCCUACCAUGUACUGGAUGCCUUUUUGCAGUUACAGUUCUUGUUGAAGAUCUCGGAUUCUCGGUUAUUUUAAGAAAAUUUUGUGCUGUCGCUGAUUCCUGCUAGACUGUUUGAUCCUCCGCGGAAUUGUUCGUUCUUCGUCGGAGGCGCCUUCAGAAUGGGACGUGUUGGUGCUUUUGCUGUGCUGCCUGCGCUCCUGCUUCUGGCUGCUGUGGAGACCCUUUCAAGCCAAAACUCUGAUAGAUUUUCCGAAGAACUCUUUGUCUCUCCUCUCAGUACAGGGCACGUGUAUCUGCAUUUCAAGUUUUCCAUCAGCACGCCUUUACGGAGUAAAUAUGUCCACAUGGACUACUUCCCUAAAUCCGUUAUUGAUAUCGUCCAAGCGCACAACGUGCGUGAGCUGCAUGUACGUCUGACACAAGGUGCAUUUCGGCAUGAAAAAUGGGGAUAUCCCAUUCUGUCGGCGCCUUCCGGAGCUGAAGUGUGGGCCUGGUUCCAGGACGAUGCGUCCAGUAUUGCGGAUAAGUGGCGGGGAUUGACAAAUUCACUGGCUGGAUUAUUAUGCGCCACCUUUAACGAUAUUAGCAGUGUGAACUCGAUUUCGCCGCAGUGGAACUUCCGGCCCGAAGGUUUGGUAGACUCGUCACGAUCCGUUAAUACCAGCUUACUUCGCUACAGUAUGCUACCGCGAGAAAAUCUGUGCACGGAGAACCUAACACCCUGGAAGAAACUUUUGCCGUGCUACGAUCGUGCUGGAUUGGCCAAACUGCUCAACGCCGUCAAAUUGUUAUCCGCUCAUUAUUUCAACAUUGCUUUUGACGUUAAACCGGUGUGCGGGGAUCCUGAAUGCCAUGAACAACGAUUGCAGCUGGAGGUUUCUGCCACGGCUGCUGUUCUGCCGGGCAGCAUCGAAGACGAAGACAAACUUAAUUGGUCAUUACGGGAUCUACUGGAGAUCGACGUGGAUUCCGGUUGCCCACUGGCCACCCACUCCUUGGUGUACGUUAACCAGUCCAUGAAAAGUCGUGGGAUGGUGUUCUAUCCCGCUCCCACGUAUUUCACCGUGGCCCAUGAAGAAGACAUUGCUGUGUACGAUCUGCGCAACACCAUUACCUUCCCGAAACCGCAGCGAAACAUCGGCGGCAAGAGUUCCCAUGCGAUGGAUUACACGCACACCCAGUCGCCCUUUUUGGAGGUGCAUCGCUAUGUGUCCGGCGUCGGUCAACAGUACGGUGGAAUCAAAUGCUUGAUGAAAAACAAUAAUCCGGACGUGCCGGUGACGGUGUCGUACAUGGAAAUUGUGCCAUGGUUUCUGAGAUUGUAUUUCCAUACAAUCCGGUUGCAAGAUCUGGAAAAAGGCACACCGGUUCCCAUAACCCGCCAGCACUUCGUCCUGGCCCGUGACCGUCAACUCCCUCAUCACAUCGAACUCCUCUUUACUAUCCCGCCGGCCACCACCGUCGAGCUCUCCGUCGAAUUCGACUACACUUUACUGAAGUGGACGGAAUACCCUCCGGAUGCCAAUCACGGUUUUCACAUUCCGCCGGCCGUCAUCAGCGCCCGUCUAGCCGACUGCCAAGACUUCCAGUUCCCCAAGAACUUCACACAACUCCGCUCUACUGAGAAUGCCUGCUUUUUGCGCUUGUAUACCAAGGCGCUGCUGGUGAGUCUGCCCACACCGGAUUUCAGUAUGCCGUACAAUGUCAUCUGUAUGACGUGUACGGUGCUGGCGCUGGCGUUCGGCCCGAUCCAUGCCAUCACCACCAAACGCUUUGUGGUCUUCGAUCCGCAGAAACACGCCCCUCCGCUGAAGAGGCUGAAAACGGUGGUGGCCGGGGUGAUGGAGCGCGUGAAGGGGCGAUUGCGACGGUGGCGAGGGAAGAAUGAGGAGCACAAGGAAUGAGGAAUAAGUCUUCCUAGAUCUCGGGUGAUAUAUUUUGUAGUGAUUGUUUUUUUUCCUACGCGGUAAAACUGCUUGGAGUGCGCGCUGUUGAUCUUUGUAGUCGUUCAUCGUAUCCGUUGUUGAUUGUUUGGGAUACGUGAAAGGUCGGGUUUUUAAAACUUUCUGCUUAAUAUCUGAAAGUAUGUUGACGCUGAUCUGACAUUUGGCUUUCGGGAGCGAGUGUCCAGCUGUUUAUUGUCGAGGUAUCUUUAAUGAUAAUUAAACUGGAAUUUUGUUUUUA